AUGAUAACACAGUGUCCUGAUAAGAUUAAUGAGCUUCUCUCAAAGACGACAGAUGAUUUAGCUCUUAUGAAUGUGAUUGUAGCGAAUGGCUUAGAAAACAAUGCAAACGACAAGUCUCUCCUUCAGUCUCUCGUGAACAAAGCUCAUUGGAAUGUCAAAAACUUAUCUCAUGAAAUCGCUCUUAAAACGACACAGGAGUUUUGCUCUUCAUUCGACUACUCAAGUGACAUCUAUAAGUCUGAUGAGCGAGGUUUGCUUGCUCAGCGUCCAAAAGUUUCUCUUCAAACAAAUACUAAUGAACAAAUAGAUUUCAAUAUUCACAGUAGUAAUCCAGUCAAUGCUAUUGAUCUUUAUCCACUUAAACAUCUGAGUCCUGGUGAAAAGUUUAAAUUAGAAAAUGCUUUAAAAGUUCUAAGUGAUCCAAAUCAUCCAUUCAAUCGGGAAACAGUUCAAAAUGCCUAUGGAAUACAACUGCCUACAAUACAACAAUUACGUGUUGAUGAAAAUGAAAAAAAAAAUAAAGAAGCUACGGAUCAAACAGAUUUGCAAUUAAAAACAGUUAGAAAAAAGAAAAAACAUUUAAAACUUAUACAAUAUGAUGAAAUAAACGAGAAUUGCAAUGCUCUGAAUUUAAUUCAACGUGGUCUAAUUCCACCAAAUGCACAGAUUGCCUUCGAUCCUUCACCAAUACAGACAAAACCAAUGAAUAUCCUGCUAACAAGUCAACAGAAGAUCACACGUUUACCGAUUACUAUUAAUGAUUUAUGCCCAGUUUAUGAGCCUACUCAUAAAACUACUGAAUUAGUGAAACCAGUUGUAAUGAGGAAAGUAUCACCAGAUAUGGUGAUGAAUUCACGUGAAAUUCGCAAGGGACAAAGAAAUAAUGCUGAAUCUGUAUUCAUCACAGAAAAUCCAAAUUUGUCAAAGAGACAAGUAUCGUCGAAAGCUGGCCCUCCUCCUUGUACACCAGUAACAACUUGUUCUCCACAAAUACAGUUUUGGUUAAAUAUUGAAGAAGGAUUGUUUCAAGUACACACUGAAGAUUAUCAAGCAUUUGAAACAACUUUUAUCGAUGAUUGGGAUAAGAUUUCAACACUUAUGUAUGAAAUUGAAAAUUUAUUUGAUUUCUAUGGUAUAUCAGUUGCUGUUGUCAAUGGAUUGAAAUUGGCAAAAUUAUCCAAAGAGUAUGAAAAUAAUUUUGAAAAGUUAACAACUGAUAUCUUAUUGACUUGUAUAGAAGAUUCUCAAACAAUUCAUCGAUUAAUUUCUAAAGCGGGUUCUUCAUUUCGAGGUCGUAAUGGUCGUGAUAGAGCUGCAAUAAAAAUUCAGUCAACUUUUCGACGUUUUCGAGCCCAGAAACAAUACAAUGAACAAAAGCGUCUUCGAGGAGCAGCUGCUGUCAUAUCUGCUUCAUGGACACGUUAUAAAAAAAUGAAAGAGUUGAGAGAAAGAUUAAGUCAAGUUAGGAAACACUGUACAGAAGCAUCAGAGAGGAGACUGAAGGAACUCGGUAGUAACUGGGAACACUUUGAACAGAACAAACAUGUUGUUAUUCACCUGCCGUCUGCGAGUUAUUCCACAUUAAUCAGACAACAAUUAGGCAAUAUAGGAGAAUUGGAGUAUAUGGAAAGUCGUCAAAUUGCAAGAAUUUGUGAAGUUCGAAAUCCAAAUACUGAUGUUGUCAUAGUUACACGUGUACCGAUAUCUGAUGAUCUUUUAGAAUAUUAUAGUAAAUUAUUAGGUUUAUCAAGUGCUAUUGAAACUGGUCAAGCAGAGGAUCAAUCAUCAAUUAAUUCACGUUAUCGUAUAAUUGUACCAGAAGCAAUUAAAUAUUUCCAUUCUAAUGCUUUAGCUCCAAUGUGUUUAGCUUCGUUACUAAAGUAUAGUCCGAGAGCAUUGAAGCAUAUUCGUCGUUUUAUUGCUGGACGUCCAGCUAUUCUAAUACCUGGUUUCGGUGAUCAUGAUGAUGUCUUCUAUGUAGCAAAUUAUUUGCGAAUUCCAGUUUGGAGUUCAUCUCCAUCAAUUAAUUCUUUAUUCAAUUUACAAUCAACCACACGACGUUUAGUACAACAGCUGAUCGAUAAAAUAGCUGAUCAUCAAGACACAUCAGUGACUGAUGCUAAAAAUCCAAACUUAUCAAAAGCAUCAGCUCUCUUCACUUCUGUGAUGACAAGUCGACUUAAAGGGAAUGAACCCAAUUGGUCGAAUAUCACUAGUAACAAUAACAAUAAUAAUAAUAAUCUAACUAACAAUAAUAAGCUAUUAGAAGGUGUUGGAAAAUUAAAAAAGGAUUUAAAUAGUCGAUCAACAGAAGGAAAUUACUGGAUGGCUGCUCAACCACCUGGAGAUUUUGAUGUUUAUACUAUGGAUCAUCUGUGUGAAACAUUGGCUGCAUUGUUUACAGAGAAUUUACCAAUCAAAAAUUGGCUAUUAAAAAUUGAUAAUAAUGUAGGCGGACAUGGUGUUGCAUUUUUAUCAAUUGAAAAUUUACAAUCGUUUAAAUGGGCAUUAGAACAACGUCAAUGGCAUGGACCGAUAAGAUGGACGAAAAAAUGGGCACAAGAGACAACUUAUAUGAAAAUACUUUCUGAGGUACCACAAUUACUUCAAAAACACUUAAAGUUAUUUCCGAAUGAUUUUUAUACAGAUUCUGUUAGUUUUAUACAAUCUUUUCUAAAAAGUGGCGGUGUAAUUGAAGCCUGCCCACCGACAGAUGAAUGGACUAAUCUUUCUGUAGUAAUUGCAAUUCUACCGAAUAAAACUGUUCGUAUAGUGGCCAGUGGUGACCACCUGCAUACUGAAGAUAAAUUUUGUACAUGGGGUGAAACAAUACCUAUGACAUCAGUAACUCCUCGAUGGAUAAAUUAUCUAUGUAUGGAAUUAGGUUCACUAAUGGCUAAGAAAGGAGUUGUUGGUCAUGUGAACAUUGAUUUUGUAACAUUUAUACAUCCGGAAAAAAAUGAACAAAUUUUAUGGAUAACUGGAAUUAAACCGGGCUAUACAGACCUUUUAGCUAUGACUCAGCUUGUCUUGUUCUCUACAAAUACAACAUUUGAAAUAGCCACACUGACAAAUGGUGAACACCAGAUUAUAGCUAAACCGCCAACAACAUCAGUGAUGAAAAGCAGUAGCUCACAAAUACAUGAAUUAUCAAAAUUAUCUGAACAAGACAGUCAAUUAGAAAGAAAGAAACUUAAGCGCUAUGCUGUGGUCAGUACACAUUUACAACACUCGAAUUUAACUAUGAUUCAAUACUCGGUAUUUUUUAAAAUAUGCAGAGCAAAUUAUAUUGGUUAUGAUUUAAAAGAGAGGCGCGGGAUAUUGUUUUCACCUAUGGACAGCUAUCGAAGAGAUCGCUUAGCGUUAGUGUCUGUUGCAGAUAAUUUGGAUAAAGCGCUAACAAAAUUUGGCAGUACAUUAAAAAUUCUGCAUAAAGAAGUAUCAACACCAAAUAUGACAGGAAUAAGUAAUUUCUCGUCAAUAAUUACUGAAGUGGAAAAAAUUCUUGGUCAAGUUAUUGAAAAUUCUAUGACACAAAAAACUGAACAAACCAAUCAAGAGAACAAAAAAUUACAAAUGAACGAUGGAAAGGCUAAAAGUAAUCCUUCUAACCAGUCAAAACCGUCGAUUCAGUUGAAUAAGAAUAGUUCAACUCCACAAAAUAAAUAA